AUGCCCGCGGGUCUCACGGAACCGGCCGGCGCCGCUCCUCCCGCCGGUGUGAGCGCCUCCGGGACCGUGACCAUGGCCCCCGCUGGGACUCUCCCUGUGCGGGUGGAGAGCACUCCGGUGGCCUUGGGCGCCGUGACUAAGGCUCCUGUCAGUGUCUGUGUGGAGUCCACGGUGUCCCAGCCCCUGCGGCCCCCCGUGGGGACCCUGGUGACCAAAGUGGCUUCUGUCAGCGCUCUUCCUAAACUCAGCAGCGGUCCUCCGCUGCCUGCUCCUCAGAUAGUCGCUGUGAAAGCCCCCAACACCACAACAAUCCAGUUGCCUGCUAAUUUGCAGCUUCCUCCAGGAACAGUUUUAAUCAAAAGUAACAGUGGCCAGUUGAUGUUGGUAUCUCCUCAGCAAGCUGUGACAAGAGCAGAGACCACUACUAACAUAACUUCAAGGCCAGCUAUACCAACGAAUACUCAUACGGUCAAAAUCUGUACAGUGCCGAAUUCUGGUUCACAGUUAGUUAAGAAAGUGGCAGUGGCACCUGUUAAAAAGUUGGCACAAAUAGGAACUACUGUGGUAACCACGAUUCCAAAGCCUUCCUCAGUACAGUCUGUGGCUGUGCCAACAGCCAGUGUUGUCACAGUUACUCCUGGAAAGCCCUUGAAUUCUGUAACUACCCUGAAGCCUUCAAAUUUGGGAGCAUCACCUGCCCUCUCAAAUGAUCCCAGUCUCAAAGCAGAGAACUCAGCAGCUGCUCAGGCAAAUCUUUCUCCGGCGAUGCUAGAAAAUGUGAAGAAGUGUAAGAACUUCCUUGCCAUGUUAAUAAAACUAGCGUGUAGUGGAUCACAGUCCCCAGAAAUGGGGCAGAAUGUGAAGAAACUGGUGGAACAACUUUUGGAUGCAAAAAUUGAAGCAGAAGAAUUUACUAGACAACUGUAUGUUGAACUCAAGUCUUCACCUCAGCCUCACCUAGUUCCUUUUCUUAAGAAAAGUGUGAUUGCCUUACGACAACUCAUGCCCAACUCCCAGAGCUUUAUUCAGCAGUGUGUUCAGCAGACCUGUAGUGAGGUUGUCAUUGCUACCUGUACCACAACAGCAGCCACUUCUCCCGUGGUGACAACAACAGUUUGCUCCAUCCAGCCUGAAAAACCCAUCAUUGUUUCUGGAACAACAACAGCCAGCACCGUGUCAGUGCCAGCUCUGAAUCCACUUGCUGGCCCAGGGGGAGCAAAACCAGGAGUUGUGACACUUCAUUCUCUGGGUCCACCUGCUGCACCAGGAGGAACAGCAGCUGGAACGGUUUUGCUUCAGACUCCAAAACCACUGGUGACAUCUAUACAGAACACAGUCACAGCAGUCUCCCUCCCACCUGAGAAGCCAGCUGUCUCUGGGGCAGCAGUCACGCUGGCUCUCCCUGCGGUGACUUUCGGAGAACCUUCGGCAGCAGCUGUCUGUCUUCCGUCUGUGAAACCUGUCAUGACCUCUGCUGGGACCACAUCUGACAAGCCUGUCAUUGCUCCAGUCCAGAUAAAACUUGCACCACCAGGCCCCGUCCUUUCUCAGCCGGCUGGUAUUCCACAGGCAGUUAAAGUCAAACAACUAGUAGUCCAGCAGCCUUCAGGAGGUGUUGCAAAACAAGUGACCACACUUCCCCAUUCCUCAGCAUUGACCAUUCAGAAAUCUGGACAGAAGAAGAUGCCAGUGAGCACUGCAAUACCUGCCAGUCAGUUUCCUCCAGCUUCCAUUUUAAAGCAAAUUACCCUACCAGGAAAUAAAAUUCUGUCACUCCAAGCAUCUCCUAUUCAGAAAAAUAAAGUAAAAGAGAAUGGAAUAACAUCUUUCAGAGAUGAAGAUGACAUCAAUGAUGUGGCUUCCAUGGCAGGGGUCAACCUCAGUGAAGAAAAUGCUUGCAUCUUAGCAACAAACUCUGACUUGGUUGGCACACUUGUUCAGUCAUGUAAAGAUGAACCAUUUCUUUUCAUUGGAGCUCUACAAAAGAGAAUUUUAGACAUUGGUAAAAAGCAUGACAUUACAGAACUUAACUCUGAUGCUGUGAACUUGAUCUCCCAUGCAACACAGGAGCGAUUACGAGGCCUUCUAGAAAAACUGACUACAAUUGCUCAGCAUCGAAUGACAACAUACAAGGCAAGUGAAAAUUACAUCCUGUCUAGUGAUACCAGAUCACAGCUCAAAUUUCUUGAAAAGCUAGAUCAAUUGGAGAAGCAGAGAAAGGAUUUAGAAGAAAGAGAAAUGCUACUUAGGGUAGCCAAGAGUCGUUCCAAUAAAGAAGAUCCAGAACAGCUGAGAUUAAAGCAGAAAGCCAAAGAGUUACAACAGUUGGAGCUUGCGCAGAUACAGCAUAGAGAUGCUAACCUCACAGCUCUUGCAGCCAUUGGACCAAGAAAGAAGAGACCACUAGAAUCUGGCCUGGAAGGCUUAAAAGACAAUCUUCUUGCUUCUGGGACAUCCAGCCUGACAGCCACCAAACAGUUGCUUCGUCCAAGAAUCACAAGAAUCUGUCUCAGGGACUUGAUAUUCUGUAUGGAACAGGAAAGAGAGAUGAAGUAUUCUCGAGCUCUGUACCUUGCCCUUCUGAAGUGA